CUGUCUCGAAAAACCAAAAAAAGAAAAAAGAAAAAAAAAAUGUUCCCCUGGGGACUGGAGAGGUUGCCCACAGUUGAGAGCACUUGCUAACAGAGGACCUGUGUUCCAUUUCCAGUGGCCACAUGGCACCUCCCUACAGCCUGUAAAUCCAAAGUAGGGAAAUCUGUAGAGAAAGCAGAUGAGGGGCACCCAGGGGCUGGGAGAGGCAGUGCCAGCGGAGUUCCCUUUUAGGUCACUGAAAAUGUUCGUGAACUAGAAGGGCUGCUGGUUGCUCAGCAUGGUGAAUGUACGGCAUCCCACUGAAAGAGAUGCUUUGAAACCCUCAAAGUGCUGGCCCAUACCGCCAAUCCCAGCACUCAGGAGUCAGAGGCAAGUGGCUUCUCAGAAGUUCUAGGCUAGCCUGGUCUAUGAUGAGCACUUGCUAGUGCACACCAAGCCUUGAGUUCAAUCCCCGGCAUCACAGAGAGAGCGAAGAAUAAUACAAUAAAAUGCUUAAGCUGGUGAGCUCUCUGCCAUGUGACUUUAUAUUUGUUGGGGCUGCUGUAACAAAGUAUCGUAAAUAGGGUAGCUGGUAAACAGUAGAAACUCACGGCUGCUAACGGGCUGCUAACGGGGCUGCUGAUGCUGGAGGCUGGAAGGCUGGGGUCAAGUUGUCUAGUGAACUGGCCUGCCUUCCUGGUCUCACCUUCCUGGUCUCACCUCCCAGACACUCACAUCUCUUCCGUCUGUCACCUCGGGGCUUAUGAUUCCAACAGAUGAACUAACUGAGAGGGAGGCAGGCUUUCAGACCAUAGCAGAAUUUUACCUCAGUUUAUAAAAGGUUUGUGGGGCUUUGGCUAUAGUCCAGUGUUAUAUAUGUGCGUAUAACUUGACUAAUUUGUUCGAGGCCCUAGAUUCAGUCCUUGGGAUGACAAAAAAGAACCUUAUAGGAGAAAAAAGUAGGGUAUAGAACAGUGUUCUGGAUUUCCUCAAGUGUGACACGGUGACGAUAACAUCCCCAGUCCCCAGAGUAGAGAUGAGUAAGAUGUCAGUGUCACAUAAAACACUCAUCCUACAGCAGGUACCCAAACUAAAUGUCAAUUACCUUUUCUCCUACACAAAUGUCUAACCUGUUUGCCUACUUUUUAAGAAAAUGACUCCAGCCAGACAGCCUGUCCUCACAUGGGGUUCACCUGCUCUUUUCCUGCUCCUGGCAGGCUAUGCCACCGCUGGGAACAUACUGCCUCCUGUGUACAGGACAGCAUGGUCCUUGGGCCAUCCCUGCAGAAUCUCAUGAGAAUCCACCACCGAAUCAAUGCACUAGGUGUGGACUGGCACCCACCCCACCCGGCAGUGACCAUGGAUCCUGGAGCUGGCUCUGACUCAUCUCUGACCGUGAAUGAGCAGGUCAUUGUGAUGUCAGGCCAUGAGACCAUCCGAGUGCUGGAAGUCGGGGUGGACGCUCAGCUUCCGGCUGAGGAGGAGAACAAAGGACUGGAGAGCGUGGCUGCUGACAGCUCCCAGAGUAGAGGCCCUGCCGAAGCUGGCGAGCCUGCUGCUGAAGCCGGGCAGCGCGACCCAGACCACUCUGCAGAGGCAACUGUGAAGUCGCUGCCUGGGAUCCCUCCGAGUCCUGCCCCAGCCAUUGCCACCUUCAGCCAAGCCCCAAGCCAGCCUCAGGCAUCACAGACCCUGACGCCACUGGCCCUACAAACUGCCCCCCAGGUCUUGACUCAGGAAAACUUAGCCACAGUUCUGACAGGAGUUGUGGUUCCGGCAGGGGCGGUUACUCAACCUCUUCUUAUCCCCAUCAGUAUUGCAGGUCAGGUGUCUGGGCAGCAGGGGCUGGCCGUGUGGACAAUCCCUACAGCAGCCGUGGCUGCCCUCCCUGGACUGGCCGCUGCUUCUCCUACCGCGCCAGUCUUCAAGCCACCGUUAGCUGGGCUCCAAGCAGCUGCCGUGCUGAACACCGCUCUCCCGACACCUGUACAAGCUGCCCCACCUGUCCAAGCCUCCUCGCCCACCCAGCCCCGGCAACCAGCUCAGCCCCAGACGCUGUUCCAGACCCAGCCGCUGCUACAGACCACGCCUGCCAUACUCCCACAGCCCACUGCUGCCACCGUCGCCGCCCCCACCCCUAAGUCAGUGGACACCACCCCACAGAUCACCGUCCAGCCUGCCGGCUUCGCGUUUAGCCCAGGGAUCAUCAGUGCUGCCUCCCUCGGGGGACAGACCCAGAUCCUGGGCUCCCUAGCCGCGACUCCAGUCAUUGCCAACGCCAUUCCCAGCAUGCCGGGGAUCAGCAGUCAGAUCCUCACCAAUGCUCAGGGACAGGUUAUUGGAGCACUUCCAUGGGUAGUGAACUCGGCUAGUGUGGCCACACCAGCACCAGCACAGAGCCUACAGGUCCAAGCCGUGACUCCCCAACUCUUGCUGAAUGCCCAGGGCCAGGUGAUUGCAACCCUAGCCAGCAGCUCCCUGCCUCAACCUAUGGCUGUCCGGAAGCCAAACACACCGGAGUCCCCUGCUAAGAGUGAGGUGCAGUCUAUCCAGCCGACGCCGGCUGUGCCGCAGCCUGCCGUGGUCAUCACCAGCCCGGCCUCAGGAGUCAAGCCCUCUGCCUCAGCUCCCAUUCCAAUCACCUGCUCCGAGACCCCUACCGUCAGUCAGCUGGUCUCGAAGCCGCACACCCCGAGCCUGGAUGAGGACGGGAUCAACUUAGAAGAGAUUCGGGAGUUUGCCAAGAAUUUUAAGAUCCGGCGGCUCUCCCUGGGUCUCACACAGACCCAGGUGGGCCAGGCUUUGACUGCAACAGAAGGUCCAGCCUACAGCCAAUCAGCCAUCUGCCGGUUUGAGAAGUUAGACAUCACACCCAAGAGUGCCCAGAAGCUGAAGCCGGUUCUGGAGAAGUGGCUGAAUGAGGCCGAGCUCCGGAACCAGGAAGGCCAGCAGAAUCUGAUGGAGUUUGUGGGCGGUGAGCCCUCCAAGAAACGCAAGCGGCGCACCUCCUUCACGCCGCAGGCCAUAGAGGCUCUUAAUGCCUACUUUGAGAAGAACCCCCUGCCCACUGGCCAGGAGAUCACCGAGAUCGCUAAGGAGCUCAAUUAUGACCGUGAGGUGGUACGGGUCUGGUUCUGUAAUCGACGCCAGACACUCAAAAACACCAGCAAGCUGAACGUCUUUCAGAUCCCUUAGGGCUUCCUCUCAGCCCUUGUUCCAGCACUUUCUACUGUUCCCUCAGCAACUGGCUGUCGUCACGGUGGCAACAGUACCGUGUGCAGCUGAGCUUGCCCUAGGUCAUGAGACUCCACCUGUGCAUGUGUGUCAAUGCCUGCCUCUUCUGCCCAAUAUGUCACACCCUGGGGAGGCCCAAGGGCCUGCAUGAGAGCCCUAGGCUCUGGGCUGGGCACAUGGAAGGAGGAGAUUUGUGAUGUUCUCAAAAAGCACUUUGUCAACAUGGUUUCUGAAGGGUGUAUUCUGGUUGGGAACCAGAAAGGCUCUGUCUUUGGGGCAGGGCUGUAGCAACUUUUGGGGACCGCUGUGCAUUAAUUAGCUCUUGUUUUUGGUGGCACUCUCCACCCCUUGCUCUUAGCUCCUCCGAGGUUGUGCCAGUGUGGCAGCUCACCCAGUGGGACCUCAGCCUCACGCUGCCCUCUUUUACGUUUUACAUGGGCACAUUGACCCCCUUAAAGGACCAAGGAGAUGAAGUUCAGAAGUGUGACUCACUGUCUGCCAUGACCUCCAGCAGAAAGUCCCAGAGCUGUGGGGUCAGAUGCUGGGAGGUUCCUCCUGGGGUUCUGGGGGUUGUGGGAUUGCACUAAUGCAGAACCUUUCCUCUGCAAACCAAGUGGGAAGGGAAGCAACAGUGAACUCUCCCAUCCUGGAGAGUCUUAGGUCUGUUGCAGGUCUGGAAUUUAGUAAAUAAGGCCAUCUGCGCAGAUUUUAAUCUUAUCGUUGUCUGUGACUGUCUCCCAAGGAAAGCUCUCUAGGGAGCUGUCAUCUUGGGAAUAUUUCCACUGCCCACUCACACAGGCAGCUGCAGGGGGCGUGGAUACGCUCUCUUAUGCCCAUACCCAUCUCAGUCUAGCACUGAGGUCUCUUUAGAGGAACAAACUGAGUGAGAAGCCAGACACAAGGAGCUGGAGUGAGGAGGAGGGCAGUGUUCAGAAAGAUGAUGGUCCAGGAAGAUGUCUAGUUGAGGCUGGCUUACCUCUCGCUUUCUUUGUAACUUUAAGUCUUCGAUGUUGGAGUUUUCACUUUGUAAGAAUGCAGACCAGGUCUGUGUGUGACAAGCCCCGUGCCGCUCUGCCAUGCUCCUCUGAGCCAAGAGUGCCCAGGUCGGGAUGGACUUUGCCUCCAUAGGUGAUGGCAUGCUGGGGGCUAGCAUCAUAUUCAAGUCUCUAAGUGAGCUUCCAGCCACAGAGAUGCUGGCCAGCCCUUUGACUUCAGUGUGUUGGCUGGAGACUGUAGCUCAGUGGGAGAGAAUUUAGCACUUACUAGGCUCCAGUUCAGUAUCUAGCACUGAGGGGGAAAACAAUUAGUAUUUGGUUUCAGGGAAAAGCUAAGAUAAUUGCUUGAAUGACCCCAGAAUUGCCACCUAGACUGUCCGUGUCUACAAGGAUAAGGACAACCAGUCACUACUUUUUGGUUUGGUUUGUUGUUUCGUUUUUUGAGAUAGGAUCUCACUUAGUCCAGGGUGACUUGAAACUUGUGGUUGAAAAUGACCUUGAACUCCUGAAUGACCCUCCUGUGUCCACCUCCCAAGUGCUGGGAUUCUACACGCAACCACACCACUGUGCCACCACUCCUGGCUCUUCUCCACUCUCAGCCUUACAGAGCCUGCUGUCUAGACGGCCACCUUGCACCUCUUGUGAUCUGCCCUGAGGAAAUGACAGUCAAAGACACCUUACCUUCUCUGCUGAUCACAGUGCAGAGACUAAGGCCUAGCUAUCUCUCCUCUCUGUCCCCUUUCCUUGUGACUACAAGUCCCUCUUGGGUCCUGCAGUGCCAGUGUGGAGAACCAGCUGGUAGCUCUCCAGUGAGAUGGGGACAGUAGUAUGUGAAUUAACACACACACACACACACACACACACACACACACACUCCACGGCAUUCAAAUCAACUAAACCUGCUGGGGUCUGCAGGGAAUAAGGAGGCAGGUGCGCAGCUCUCCUGACUCUGCCUCCCAGGACAGAGUGUCCCCCGAGGGGGAAGGCUGUCUCCUUGACGACUGUGAUUGUCAGCUGCUUCCGUGUGAUGGGAAGUCGGGAGGGUCCCGCACGUAAGUUUUCAAUGUGGAUGCUUACAUCUUGGAGCUUAUCAAGUGACUCACUUGAGAAAUUAUAUGCAGCUUUUCCUGCUCAAAACCUGCACUCAGGAGUGCUGAUUUUUGUGGGGUGGCAUGUUGUAUGAAGUGUGGACAUGAUGUGGCCAUGCAGGAGGAUGCCAUCUGUUCUGUGGCAUGAUAGGAAAAAGUCAUGAACAGCUGAUCUAAAUUAAACCUGGCCAUGCUUUCUCACCCCGUCCUUGGUCUAAACGUGUCUUCCCAAGGCUGGGCCAGAGUAAACCAUUUUUUCCUGUGUAGGAAAGAUGCAUUUGGAACAGUAGGAGAGCCCGGGUGUUUACAGGCUGAACUUCCCAAAUGCGAGGUGCAAGGUAUGCAUAAAGUGACCUAUGAACUCUGCCUCUGCUCCCCCAGUCUGAGCCACUAACCUACAAGGUAGUUUUCGUUGUUCUUUGGGUUUGGGGAGCAUUAGACUCUAAAAAAAGAGUUAACAGUUUUAUUUCGAAAGCAGCCUCCUGGACUUAAGUGCAUGCUCAGCGGCUCUCUUGCCCUGGAAGACAGAGAAUGGGCAGAAAGCCGUCAACUCUGUGGUUAGCUAGUUUGAAGUGGCAGGAAACUAGAACUGUCUACAGCCUGCUGAAUUAGCUGGGCUCUUUGACCCUGCGCUAACUAUGGCGUUUUUUUAUCCAAGCAAAGUCCAGAGAAGAAACUGGUCACGUGAACUGUAAAUGCACUUGAGUUUGGAAUGAGAAAGCCUGAUGUGUUUGUGUUCUUGAAAAUCCAGUCACCUUCCUGUGCCCAGGAUUCCCUCCCUGCCUGCUAGGCCAGAUUCUGGCAUUGAAGUCCUGAUGGUCUCCCCGCAAGGGGCACUACCCCUGGAAGCUGGGAGGAGAACAGGGGAGAAGCACUUGGUGUAGUUGUGUAAAUAAACACUAUUUUUUCUUUUGUA